CGCAGUCGGUAAAGUAAAUCAGCUGAAGUUGAGAAAGCUUCCAAGUCAGCGGGUAACUUGGUUUGCUGCUAUUUUAACACUGUAAUUCUAGCAUUGAUCCGACAAGAACCUAGGUUUUUGCGAUCUAUACAUAACAUUAAGCUUGCUAAUUUACCAAAAACCGGCCGCUAAUCUCAGUUUCGACAAUUGAGGUAAGCAUGGCGCUGCCCAUGUCUUUGUCUUCUCCAUGCGGAUUCCCCUCUGAUGAGGACGAGGAAAUGGCUGUGUUUGAGUCAACAGCAGCAGAACAUGGAGGCAUGACCAGACCACGUCUACCUGAGAUCUCCGUCAUUUCCCCAGGCCUGGAAAUGCAACCAUCCAUUACAGAACCGAAAGCAGCAGUGAAACCUGGAAGCUGUGAUGAAAGCACCACAGAGAAGGUAAAGGUCUUUCUACGCAUUCGGCCGCUUACUGACCCUGAGAGAGAAAGGGGAGAAGAGCAGGGUUGUGUGGCUGUCCAAGACCAAGAGACUCUGCUGCUCAAAGCUCCACAUGAGUCUCAGAACAUGAGGACAGCAGAGAGGGGUAUCACCCAGAGCAUUCACAAGUUCAGUUUCUCCAAGAUUUUUGGUCCGGAGACAAAACAGCAACAGUUUUAUGAAGGCACAAUGAAGAAGAUGGUAAAUGAUGUACUUAAAGGAGAAAACCGACUUCUCUAUACUUAUGGAGUCACUAACUCUGGAAAGACUUACACCAUUCAAGGCAGUGGUCGAGAGGCGGGACUCUUGCCCCGAGCUUUAGCGUCUUUGUUUAGGAAGCUGCAGGGUCGACUCUAUGGUGCCAUGGACCUGAAGCCUGUCAUGUAUCAGGAUGUGAAGCAGCUUGACCCCAGCGAGGUCAGGAUGGAGGAGACUCGCAGAAACUCUCUGCUCAAAGAGGAUGAGGGUCUGACUUCUCUUAGAGUUGGUACCACUACAGUCUGGGACAGUGGCAUUGGAGGACUCUCCUCUACAACCAACAUUGCCACCCAGCUUGAAGACUCUGACAGUGUUUGCCUGGAGCCAGACAGUCUUUCCCUCAGUGGGGGAGACGACCUGCAGGGAGGAGUGCAGUUUUCUAUCUGGGUGUCCUUCUAUGAAAUCUACAAUGAGUUCCUGUAUGACCUGCUGGAUGCGUCACCCUCCCAGCAGCCCCGGAAAAGAAUCACACUGAGGCUUAGUGAUGACAAGCAAGGCAACCCCUACGUGAAAGAUCUGACCUGGAUCCAGGUCCGCAGUGCUGAGGAAGCCUGGAGGAUUCUGAAAGCUGGACGUCGUAAUCAGAGCUUUGCCAGCACUCAUCUCAACCAAAACUCCAGCAGAAGCCACAGCAUCUUUUCCAUUCGUGUCCUGCACGUCCACCCCGAGGCAAGUUCAGGCCAGGCCAAACACAUCAGCGAACUGACUGUGUGUGAUUUGGCUGGGUCUGAACGCUGUAAGGAGCAGCGUAAUGGUGAGAGGAUGAAGGAAGCCAACAAUAUCAACACCUCCCUCUUGACACUGGGGCGCUGUAUCACUGCCCUGAGGCACAACCAGAACAAGUCACGACCCCCCCAGGUGGUGCCCUUCAGGGACAGUAAACUAACCCGUGUCCUGCAGAGUUUCUUCUGUGGUGGAGGAACCUCCUGCAUGGUGGUCAACAUCAACCCAUGUGCUUCCAUCUAUGAUGAGACCCUCCAGGCCCUAAAGUUCUCUGCAAUUGCUACACAGCUUGUCCACGGCCCAUCAACUAAAACCAGAGUGGCCUACAUCCUGUCUCUACUCCGGGAGCCAACAGCAAACAGAAACGAAAGCACGAUGAUGGAGGAGGAAGAGGAAGCGGAUGAAAGUGAUGAUGAAGAUGGAGAUAUUACCUUGUUAAAUAUGGAGACUUUGCUGCAGGCCAUCGAUGUCCUGAAACGAGAGGUGCGGCGCCAGCGGGAAGAAAAAGAGGUUCUCGAGGCUAACGUGAGAGAGCAGGUGGUCUCUGAGAUGAUGGAGAUCAUUACUAGAAUGCAAAAGGGUUUCAAUGAGACCUUGGAGACUGAGAGGACCCUAAUUGAAGAGAGAUAUGAGGACAAGAUAACAAACCUGCAGAAACAUCUGAAGAAAUUCUACAGUCAGGAGCUGGAGGAGCGCGAUCAAGAGAUUGAAGCUUUGUCUGCUACCCUUAAAGAAAUAAAGAGGGAUGGUGAAGCCGCCCCCAUGAUGGCACCAGUGGAACAAUCUGAGGGCCUUCGGCGAUCUCGGCGCCUCACAUCUCAAGCUGAGCUAAGCAGACUCCGUGCUGAACUCGACCAGUGUCGGGCUGAGCUGCUUACCAAGACCCAAGAGCUGACCGAGCUGAAGAUGCAGCUGCAAGUUCCAGGUUCAACAGGCAACCUCACUGGCGCUGCUGACCGCAAGCUGCUGGAGGGUCAACGGAACCUCCGACAGCUGCGGCUGAAUUUGCAGAGGCUGGGAACUGACCUGCAGUCUGGUGAAAGGUCCUGCUGUCACAGCACGGGAGGGGAAAAGCUGCGUCACACAUUAGCAGCUGCAGACGAGACACUAGCUAAACAGAACCAGAUCCUGAUGGAGCUCCAGAACGGCCUGAUGUUGGUCAAAGCAGACCUACGGCGGAAAGCAGAGACCCUGGCCCAGAUGCAGGCAGUUCAUUCCCAGCUGCCAUCAACAAGUUUUGCUGCCUCCACCACCCCAGUUUCCAGCAAAAAGAGGGGCUGUAUGGCCACAACUCCAAGUGACACUGAAAACCGUCCUCCGCGAAAACGGCCCUUUUUCCAGUCUCUGUUCCCUACGUGUACUCCAACACAUAGAUAUAACACUCGCACUGCUGAAGAAGCAAAUGCUACACCAUACUCGCGUAUCUUGCGGUCUCGCCAGCAGUCUCCACCCCCCAGCCCUGUUCCCACCCCUCAUCGUCUCAGGGGGAAGUACUGAGUUUUCAGAGCUUUAACAGUUCUUUCUGCUAUUGUGCAAAAACUACCAGUUAACCGUUUAUUUUUAUGUUGUUUUCUAUACUAGCUCUUCUGCAGAGCAGUUUUACUUUCUUGUUGAAUACAUUUAUAUUAUUCAAGCUAGUAAGACAAUGAUUGAUUUAAGAAUGCCAGUAAAGAUACUGUACGUCACUCCUCGACACCACAGUCACAACUAAUACUGAAAAGUUUCAGUUGCUGCUCCAUUAUUGGCGAAUAUCAUUCAUGCUUCCAGCGAUUUAUGCACCAACCUUCUUAUACCAAUAAUUUAAGCUGCAUGCAAGUCUAGUUGUUUCUUCCUUGUUUGAUUGUCCUUAUAUAUGUUAUUGGCUUUUAAGUUUGUUUUUUCUUAA